AUGAUCGAUCUGCCUGAGCUGAGCGACUAUCGAUUGAAUCCUCUUGACGUAUGUCUCUGCCGCCUGCUCCAUUUGAGAGACGGCGCAAGCCUCAGACAAAAGCAAAGAGAGAGAGAAGCGGCGAAACAAAAGCAAGGCGAGAGCACACCAUCAGACGGCUGGUUAUGUCAGUUUGCAGUGCGCAUGAAGUACCUAAUACCCAACCAGCGAGAGACCCAAUCGCCUGUCGAUGUCACAUUGGGAGUGUCCUGUGGCGACAAGCUCAAAAAUGAAAUGUGA